CUCGAGUGGGGCAGCAUGGCCUCACUGCUUCGUUCGGCUGCGUCCUCAACCUUCUCACCUCUCCGACGCACCCUGAACCCCUCUCACAACAUGUCGUCGCAACGAGCAAUGUCUCUCUCGUCGUACCUGGUCAAGCCCGCCGAGCUCAACGCUGCUCUGAGAGGCAAUGCCCCUACGCGAUUGGCUACCUCCCCGAGAGUCAUUCCCUUGUGUGCAAGUUGGUUCAUGCCCAACGACCCGGAGAAGAGGUCGGGCUAUGAAGUCUUCAAGCAGGGCCACAUCCCCAGUGCUCGCUUCUUCGACCUGGACCUUGUCUCGGACACCAGCUCUCCGUACCCUCACAUGCUGCCCAGCCCUCGGGUCUUCACUCAAGCCAUGCGCAAGCUAGGCAUCCGUCGCGAUGAUAACAUUGUCGUGUACGACAGCGCCGAACUUGGUAUCUUCAGUGCACCUCGCGUCGCUUGGACUCUUCGCGUCUUCGGCCAUCCGAGCAUCCACAUUCUGAACAACUACAAGCUCUGGGUUGAAGAGGGCCUUCCUGUUGAGCAGGGUGAACAAAAAGACCUCCCCGAGUCACAGUACCCCGAGCCCGAGAUUGAUCCUUCCAAGGUCGCUGCUUUUGAGGAAGUCAAGGAGAUUGCCAAGGACUACAACAAGGAAGGCAGAGAAGGUGUGCAGAUCUUGGAUGCCAGAUCUUAUGGCCGCUGGAGUGGUACCGACCCUGAACCCAGACCUGGACUCUCCUCCGGUCACAUUCCUGGCUCCAUCAGCGUUGCUCUUCCUGAGCUCCUGGAUCCCGAGACCAAGACGCUGCUCUCCAGAGACGAACUACUCGACAUUUUCAGAACCAAGGGAGUCGACCCCAACAAGCCCAUCAUCAGUUCUUGCGGUACAGGGGUCACUGCCAGCGUCAUCGAUGCUGCUUUGACCGAGGCCGGCUUCCCCGAGACCAACAGAAAGGUAUACGAUGGCAGUUGGACCGAGUGGGCACAACGAGUCCAGGCUACCGAUAACCUUAUCCACAAGAGUCAAUAA